AUGCAGCUACAUCCACAGAGUGCAGGGUCUUCAUCAAGGCUCUCUGGUAGCUCCCAUUCACGUCGCUAUCACACUCGUGCCCUCACCUCUCAUGUGGAUGAGAGCCUCUUUGGAACCAUAAAACAGGCGCUGUCAGCCUGCGAUGUCAAGGAUACUGAGAGGGGUGGCCGGUCUGGACCCAGGGGCCAGUCCAUGUCUUCUCCAAGUCAGAAAACUCAGAAACCAGAGACAGUUUGCAUCAUCACAAGGGACCUCAUCCGAGAUCUGAAGAUCCCAAGUAAGGAUCCCUCUGGGCUGUCUGUCUUUCUACACCCAACUGAGAUCGAGCGGAUCACAACAGCUUCUCGGGUUUCAACCAAGGUAGAGCUGGAGGCCACGCUGGAAGCCCAGAGGAGAGAGAGAGAAGCAGCUAUGGAUGCUGCUGAGGAUAGGAAGGCCCAUAUGCGCCAGGCUGACCUGUCUUGUCAGAAGAACCAGGACCUAAGUGAGCUGGAGGAUGAGGCCAAGGAAAGAGCUCAGUACCUGCUGGAGAGGGCCAAUGCCAUGAGGAUGGAGCAGGAGGACGAGGUCAAUAAACUCAAUGAGUUGAUCCUGGGUACCCAGUGCCACGCGGUGCGGGAUGCCCAGAUCCCAGAGAGGCAGCAGAUCCUGGCUGAGCUGCAGGACAAGGAGAGGCGACUGGAUGCCAUGAUGGAGGUGGACCAUAGGAGAGCCCUGGAGGCCCUGGAGCAGAUCGACGAGCUACGCAAACACCAGAGGAUCCAGGGAAAUCAGCUGAUUAAAAAUCAGAUUGAGGAGCGUCUGGAGGACAGAAUGUUGCAGAAUGAGAUGAAGGAGCACGAAGGCGAGCAGAUGCUGGAGAACCUGGAGAGGAUGCAGACGGAGGAGCUGGAAGCUCUGGUGAGGAAGGAGGAGGAGGAGCAGCAGCGUCUGCAGCAGGAGAUCCUCCGUAUCAACGAGGACAGGCUGCUGGCCAAGGAGCGCAAGAAAGAGGAUUAUGAACGUCUUCAUUAUAGGGCUGCUGGACUUCCAGAGAAGUAUUGCAAUAAAGUGGAGAGAAGGGUCCAUGCUCUUCCUGCUCUGGCUCACUAGAACACAAACCCUGAUACUAAUGAAAGAUGUCAACAAUGGAGAUAAAUUGUCACCCCCAUUACCUUUUGACAGGGUAGGAUGAAGAAAAUGAAUUGGUACAGGAUAGAAUGUAGCACAUAUUAUUUAUCAUGUAAUUUCUGAAUAAAGAGGACCGUAUAC